AUGUUCGAUGACGGAGAGUCCAGUCCUUUAGAGCUGUACCAGGGAGAGUCCAGUCCUUUAGAACUGUACCAGGGAGAGUCCAGUCCUUUAGUGCUGUACCAGGGAGAGUCCAGUCCUUUAGAGCUGUACCAGGGAGAGUCCAGUCCUUUAGAACUGUACCAGGGAGAGUCCAGUCCUUUAGUGCUGUACCAGGGAGAGUCCAGUCCUUUAGAGCUGUACCAGGGAGAGUCCAGUCCUUUAGAACUGUACCAGGGAGAGUCCAGUCCUUUAGUGCUGUACCAGGGAGAGUCCAGUCCUUUAGAACUGUACCAGGGAGAGUCCAGCCCUUUAGUGCUGUACCAGGGAGAGUCCAGUCCUUUAGUGCUGUACCAGGGAGAGUCCAGUCCUUUAGUGCUGUACCAGGGAGAGUCCAGUCCUUUAGAACUGUACCAGGGAGAGUCCAGUCCUUUAGUGCUGCACCAGGGAGAGUCCAGUCCUUUAGUGCUGUACCAGGGAGAGUCCAGUCCUUUAGUGCUGUACCAGGGAGAGUCCAGUCCUUUAGUGCUGUACCAGGGAGAGUCCAGUCCUUUAGUGCUGUACCAGGGAGAGUCCAGUCCUUUAGAACUGUACCAGGGAGAGUCCAGCCCUUUAGUGCUGUACCAGGGAGAGUCCAGUCCUUUAGUGCUGUACCAGGGAGAGUCCAGUCCUUUAGUGCUGUACCAGGGAGAGUCCAGUCCUUUAGAACUGUACCAGGGAGAGUCCAGUCCUUUAGUGCUGCACCAGGGAGAGUCCAGUCCUUUAGAACUGUACCAGGGAGAGUCCAGUCCUUUAGUGCUGUACCAGGGAGAGUCCAGUCCUUUAGUGCUGUACCAGGGAGAGUCCAGUCCUUUAGUGCUGUACCAGGGAGAGUCCAGUCCUUUAGUGCUGUACCAGGGAGAGUCCAGUUCUUUAGUGCUGUACCAGGGAGAGUCCAGUCCUUUAGUGCUGUACCAGGGAGAGUCCAGUCCUUUAGUGCUGCACCAGGGAGAGUCCAGUCCUUUAGUGCUGUACCAGGGAGAGUCCAGUCCUUUAGAACUGUACCAGGGAGAGUCCAGCCCUUUAGUGCUGUACCAGGGAGAGUCCAGUCCUUUAGUGCUGUACCAGGGAGAGUCCAGUCCUUUAGUGCUGUACCAGGGAGAGUCCAGUCCUUUAGUGCUGCACCAGGGAGAGUCCAGUCCUUUAGUGCUGUACCAGGGAGAGUCCAGUCCUUUAGAACUGUACCAGGGAGAGUCCAGCCCUUUAGUGCUGUACCAGGGAGAGUCCAGUCCUUUAGUGCUGCACCAGGGAGAGUCCAGUCCUUUAGUGCUGUACCAGGGAGAGUCCAGUCCUUUAGAACUGUACCAGGGAGAGUCCAGCCCUUUAGUGCUGUACCAGGGAGAGUCCAGUCCUUUAGUGCUGUACCAGGGAGAGUCCAGUCCUUUAGUGCUGUACCAGGGAGAGUCCAGUCCUUUAGUGCUGUACCAGGGAGAGUCCAGUCCUUUAGUGCUGUACCAGGGAGAGUCCAGUCCUUUAGUGCUGCACCAGGGAGAGUCCAGUCCUUUAGAACUGUACCAGGGAGAGUCCAGUCCUUUAGAACUGUACCAGGGAGAGUCCAGUCCUUUAGUGCUGUACCAGGGAGAGUCCAGUCCUUUAGAACUGUACCAGGGAGAGUCCAGUCCUUUAGUGCUGUACCAGGGAGAGUCCAGUCCUUUAGUGCUGUACCAGGGAGAGUCCAGUCCUUUAGUGCUGCACCAGGGAGAGUCCAGUCCUUUAGUGCUGUACCAGGGAGAGUCCAGUCCUUUAGAACUGUACCAGGGAGAGUCCAGUCCUUUAGUGCUGUACCAGGGAGAGUCCAGUCCUUUAGUGCUGUACCAGGGAGAGUCCAGUCCUUUAGUGCUGUACCAGGGAGAGUCCAGUCCUUUAGAACUGUACCAGGGAGAGUCCAGUCCUUUAGAACUGUACCAGGGAGAGUCCAGUCCUUUAGUGCUGUACCAGGGAGAGUCCAGUCCUUUAGUGCUGCACCAGGGAGAGUCCAGUCCUUUAGUGCUGUACCAGGGAGAGUCCAGUCCUUUAGAACUGUACCAGGGAGAGUCCAGCCCUUUAGUGCUGUACCAGGGAGAGUCCAGUCCUUUAGUGCUGUACCAGGGAGAGUCCAGUCCUUUAGUGCUGUACCAGGGAGAGUCCAGUCCUUUAGUGCUGCACCAGGGAGAGUCCAGUCCUUUAGUGCUGUACCAGGGAGAGUCCAGUCCUUUAGUGCUGUACCAGGGAGAGUCCAGUCCUUUAGUGCUGUACCAGGGAGAGUCCAGUCCUUUAGUGCUGCACCAGGGAGAGUCCAGUCCUUUAGUGCUGUACCAGGGAGAGUCCAGCCCUUUAGAACUGUACCAGGGAGAGUCCAGUCCUUUAGUGCUGUACCAGGGAGAGUCCAGUCCUUUAGUGCUGCACCAGGGAGAGUCCAGUCCUUUAGAACUGUACCAGGGAGAGUCCAGCCCUUUAGAACUGUACCAGGGAGAGUCCAGCCCUUUAGAACUGUACCAGGGAGAGUCCAGUCCUUUAGUGCUGUACCAGGGAGAGUCCAGUCCUUUAGAACUGUACCAGGGAGAGUCCAGUCCUUUAGAACUGUACCAGGGAGAGUCCAGUCCUUUAGUGCUGCACCAGGGAGAGUCCAGUCCUUUAGUGCUGUACCAGGGAGAGUCCAGUCCUUUAGUGCUGCACCAGAGAGAGUCCAGUCCUUUAGUGCUGCACCAGGGAGAGUCCAGUCCUUUAGAACUGCACCAGGGAGAGUCCAGUCCUUUAGAACUGUACCAGGGAGAGUCCAGUCCUUUAGAACUGUACCAGGGAGAGUCCAGUCCUUUAGAACUGUACCAGGGAGAGUCCAGUCCUUUAGAACUGUACCAGGGAGAGUCCAGUCCUUUAGUGCUGUACCAGGGAGAGUCCAGUCCUUUAGAACUGCACCAGGGAGAGUCCAGUCCUUUAGUGCUGUACCAGGGAGAGUCCAGUCCUUUAGAGCUGUACCAGGGAGAGUCCAGUCCUUUAGAACUGUACCAGGGAGAGUCCAGCCCUUUAGAACUGUACCAGGGAGAGUCCAGUCCUUUAGUGCUGUACCAGGGAGAGUCCAGUGCAGUGAAAAGGCGGUAUAUAAAUAAAGAUUACUACUACUACUACUACUACAGUCCUUUAGUGCUGUACCAGGGAGAGUCCAGUCCUUUAGAACUGUACCAGGGAGAGUCCAGCCCUUUAGAACUGUACCAGGGAGAGUCCAGCCCUUUAGAACUGUACCAGGGAGAGUCCAGCCCUUUAGAGCUGUACCAGGGAGAGUCCAGUCCUUUAGUGCUGUACCAGGGAGAGUCCAGUCCUUUAGAACUGUACCAGGGAGAGUCCAGUCCUUUAGAACUGUACCAGGGAGAGUCCAGUCCUUUAGAACUGUACCAGGGAGAGUCCAGUCCUUUAGUGCUGCACCAGGGAGAGUCCAGUCCUUUAGUGCUGUACCAGGGAGAGUCCAGUCCUUUAGAACUGUACCAGGGAGAGUCCAGUCCUUUAGUGCUGUACCAGGGAGAGUCCAGUCCUUUAGAACUGUACCAGGGAGAGUCCAGUCCUUUAGUGCUGCACCAGAGAGAGUCCAGUCCUUUAGUGCUGCACCAGGGAGAGUCCAGUCCUUUAGUGCUGUACCAGGGAGAGUCCAGUCCUUUAGAGCUGUACCAGGGAGAGUCCAGUCCUUUAGAACUGUACCAGGGAGAGUCCAGCCCUUUAGAACUGUACCAGGGAGAGUCCAGUCCUUUAGUGCUGUACCAGGGAGAGUCCAGUCCUUUAGUGCUGCACCAGGGAGAGUCCAGUCCUUUAGAACUGUACCAGGGAGAGUCCAGCCCUUUAGAACUGUACCAGGGAGAGUCCAGCCCUUUAGAACUGUACCAGGGAGAGUCCAGUCCUUUAGUGCUGUACCAGGGAGAGUCCAGUCCUUUAGAACUGUACCAGGGAGAGUCCAGUCCUUUAGAACUGUACCAGGGAGAGUCCAGUCCUUUAGAACUGUACCAGGGAGAGUCCAGUCCUUUAGUGCUGCACCAGGGAGAGUCCAGUCCUUUAGUGCUGUACCAGGGAGAGUCCAGUCCUUUAGUGCUGCACCAGAGAGAGUCCAGUCCUUUAGUGCUGCACCAGGGAGAGUCCAGUCCUUUAGAACUGCACCAGGGAGAGUCCAGUCCUUUAGAACUGUACCAGGGAGAGUCCAGUCCUUUAGAACUGUACCAGGGAGAGUCCAGUCCUUUAGAACUGUACCAGGGAGAGUCCAGUCCUUUAGAACUGUACCAGGGAGAGUCCAGUCCUUUAGUGCUGGUUGGGGUGAUGUUUAUGUAG